AGAGUGUCCCCGUGUCCGCCCGCCUUCCCCGCUCUGACCCUGGCGCCUGCAGGUGCGGCUGGUGAUUGCCGAGAAGGGCCUGGCGUGUGAGGAGCGGGACGUGAGCCUGCCACAGAGCGAGCACAAGGAGCCCUGGUUCAUGCGGCUCAACCUGGGCGAGGAGGUGCCCGUCAUCAUCCACCGUGACAACAUCAUCAGCGACUACGACCAGAUCAUCGACUACGUGGAGCGCACCUUCACGGGAGAGCACGUGGUGGCCCUGAUGCCCGAGGCGGGCAGCCCACAACACGCGCGGGUGCUGCAGUACCGAGAGCUGCUGGACGCGCUGCCCAUGGACGCCUACACGCACGGCUGCAUCUUGCACCCCGAGCUCACCACUGACUCCAUGAUCCCCAAGUACGCCACGGCCGAGAUCCGCAGACAUUUAGCCAACGCCACCACAGACCUCAUGAAGCUGGACCACGAGGAGGGGCCCCAGCUCUCCGAGCCCUACCUUUCUAAACAGAAGAAACUCAUGGCCAAGAUCUUGGAGCACGAUGAUGUGAGCUACCUGAAGAAGAUUCUCGGGGAGUUGGCCAUGGUGCUGGACCAGAUCGAGGCAGAGCUGGAGAAGAGGAAGCUGGAGAACGCGGGGCAGAAAUGUGAGCUGUGGCUCUGUGGCUGUGCCUUCACCCUCGCAGACGUCCUCUUGGGAGCCACCCUGCACCGCCUCAAGUUCCUGGGACUGUCCAAGAAAUACUGGGAAGAUGGCAGCCGGCCCAACCUGCAGUCCUUCUUUGAGAGGGUCCAGAGACGCUUUGCCUUCCGGAAAGUCCUGGGUGACAUACACACCACCCUGCUGUCGGCUGUCAUCCCCAAUGCAUUCCGGCUGGUCAAGCGGAAACCCCCUUCCUUCUUCGGGGCGUCCUUCCUCAUGGGCUCCCUGGGCGGGAUGGGCUACUUUGCCUACUGGUACCUCAAGAAAAAAUACAUCUAGGGCCAGGCCUGGGGCUUGGUGUCUGAC